GUGACAAUCAUUCACAAGGGUCUGGAUCGGUGUGCUACACUGCUCAAUGGCAUUCUCCAGGCAGAGACAGCAGGUACCAGUCAACUAUUUACUCUGUUUCCACAGAACCUUUACAUUUCUAGUUUAAAUUAUUGACCAAAGUGUUUGCAUUGUGUGAUAGAGGCCAAGCCAAUCUCCGUCAGGGGAACAGGGAAGACUCGAGCCGCCAAAUCCCGACCGCUGUGUACUCUGGGAAAGGAGAGAGUAGACGCAGAGAGGAGGAAGCAGACAAAGAGACCUGUCACUCAGACCGCUAAAAAAACAGGUGGGACCUGUGUGUGUGUGUGUGUGUGUGUGUGUGUGGUGUGCAAAAAGUAAUACCUCUCUCUGCUCCAGCUCCCGUGCAGAAGACGAUCCUAUCAUCCCUGUCGUAUCCUGGGAUGAGGAACAAUAUUCAGAGUUCAGCCGGAACGUCAGAACCGGGGUCAGACGCUCGUUUUAACUGUCGCCUGACCACCUCCACCCCCACCCUGAGUCCCCAAAGACUCCCCCCUAACAACACACUAUCGACACUACCCCCAGGCCCCUCACUCCCUCUAGCCCAGCCUGGAGGCUCCAUCUCUGGGGUGGCAUCAGUCCACCUGGGGGGCUCUACCUCCACAGCUCCGUUAGCUGCUCCUGGAGCUGUAGCUACACCUCCACCCACAGGCCCAGUCCUCUCUCUCCUCGCAGCCCAACCAGGAGGCUUCAUCUCUGGGGUUGGAGGUCCGGCUGCCCAGGGGAGAUCCAGGUCCUGUAGUCUGCACCUUGGUGCUCUCUCUGUGGAGAGGCUAGCUCUGUCUGCCCCCCUGCCCUCUGACAUCUCUGUGUCUGGAGAAAGUGGACAUCCAAUCUCUUAUUCCUGCUCUCCCCCUCGUCAGGGAACACCAGUACUCUUCUCUGAAAUUCAUCCUCACCCCCAGCCUCACCCUCAGCCUCACUCUCACCCCCAGCCUCAGUCCCAACCUCACCCCCAGCCUGAGCCCCAAUCUCACCCCCUUGCCAACACUCAACCCCAGUCUGCCCCAGAUGCUCCAUCCCUGGGCAGGGGGGGUCAGCUGGAUUCUACCCAGGAUGGAGAGGCCUUAGCCAGGGAGGCAUGGGGCCACAUGGAGGGUAACGCUGGAGAGGAGGAAGAGGAGUGUCCCGUGAGAGACACCAGUGCCCAGACCAGCUUUAACAUACAAACACACACCCAGCUGGCAUACACACACCCACACACACACAAAGAUCCAGUGCCUGUACAGGCAUACUUACAACACACACAUCCAGGUGUGGCUCCCAACCACACACACUCCUACACACGCAUGGCGCUGGCAGUGGGCUGUAAGGGCUGUAGUCCAGAGGAAACGGCUCGUCAGGUGAUGACUGUUCAAUACCUCCUUGGAGAGUUGAAGGCUCUGCUCGCUGGCCAAGGUAAUCACUCAAUCAACCAAACUGUCAAAAUAAUCAGUCAACUAAUCAGUCAGUCAAAAUGACUAUUUAAUCAAAUGUUAAUGAUCUCCGCCACUCUCUCUCUCUCUUUCACUCUCUCUCCUUCAAACCAUUUUCCUCCCUCUCUCUCUCCCCCCUCCCCCUCCCCUCUGUAGACGGUGUAGCAGAGCGUCUGGUGGGUGAGCUGGAGCAGACAGUGUCUCUACUUCCUGUCAUGGUGGGCAGCUCUAACAUCCAGGCUGAGAUUGCUCUGGUCCUGCAACCUCUACGCAGUGAGAACGCACUGCUACGCAGGUCAGGACCAUCCCCAUCACCCAGGUCCUGGUGUGAGUGUUUCAUACAGAAGGUUGAUCAUUUUAACGCAUGUGUGUGUGUGUUCAGGCGUCUGAGGAUAGUGAACCAACAGUUGCAGGAGAGAGAGAGAGCAGAGAAGGAGGCCAGAUAUGUCCACUGUGACAAUGACGGUAAGAUAAACUGCCCGACACUCUUUCAACUGUCUAUCAGUGUGAGUUUAUUAUUUUGUGUGUCUGUAUCUCUAAGUAUCUAACCUCCUCUGUCUCUUAGUGUCGGCUCUGCAGUCGGAGCUCAAUGACGCUCACACAAGUCUGCAAGAGCUGCAGCGCGACAACACUGAGCUACGGCAAGCCCUGGUGGACACACACAGCCAGCUGCAGCAGAGUGAAGCGGAGUGCAGUCGCAUCAGGAAAGGUAAUAGAUGAGGGGGAGAACGUACUCAACUUCUUUUCUAUUUUCUAUCUCCAGAAUCAGGAGGAGUCAUAAAAUACAUGAAGAUCAGGGCCUUAAACUGGUCCAUAUUACGCUGAGAUUAAAGGAUCUCUGUGGUGUCUGUGUGUAUUAUCUAAUAUGGAUAUAAUCUCUUUAUAUAAGUGUAUGUGUGUGUGUGUGUGUGUGUGUGUGUAGAUGUGCAGUCUGCUCUGGCUGAUGUGCAGGGCUGUAACAGCAGGCUGGAGGAGUGUCAGAAGGAGAACGCUGCACUGGCCCUCAACAUCCAGAAGAGGGAGCAAGAGAUCCACACACUACAGGAGCACCUCAGGUGUGUGUGUGUGUGUGUGUGUGUGUGUACUUUGUAAUAAUUGAUUGAAGGAGUUUUUAUUUUUAUUUUUUACUGACAUUCUUUCUCUAUCGACCUGUCCCCUCUCUCUCUCUCUCUCUCUGUCUUUUCCUCCUGCUCGUUCUUUCUACCCUUCUCUCUCUCUCAGAGCUCUACAGGUCCCUGUCGCUGAGUCUCCCACUGUGACUGACAUCCCUACGUCCCGCCUCCCUCUCACUAAACGAGCUCUGGACCAAUACCAGGACCAGCAGGGUCCGUCAGACCACCCAGUCAGCCAAUACCUGUGGUCGCUGGAGCAGAAGGGGUGUGGUUCUGUCUCCCUGCCCUGUAAAGGCCCUGAAUGCAACUAUACACACCAGCAGGACUUCAGUGUGUUUGCGCCAGGUGGUCCGAGUGUGUGUGCGUCUGCGAAUCAGGACAUGAGUGUGUGUGUGGCUCUGGAAAGAAAAGCCACCCCGCCUUUGGCCUUCGCCCCCCUGAGAGAGAAUGAGAGGUCACCACUUCCUGUUGAGGGGUCACCGCUUCCUGUGAGGAUGUCACAGAGAGGGGGGUCACCGCUUACUGUGAUGUCACAGAGAGGAGGAGGAGCUUAUGCUCAGGGUCAGAGGUCACCGCAGGGUCUUCAGAGCCUCAGUGUUGCCCUCGAGAGUUUCCCUCAAUUAAAAAGCCUAUUUUCUAAUCUCCACCAAUCGAACGGACUCUGCUCUAAUGGCGCUGGACCCUCUGACCUGUCCCAGAGUCACCGGCGCCGUCUGGACAUGGAUAUGGCAUCACCGGGUAAGGGGCAGAACUCUUCACUUGACUCCACCGGCCUCUCCUUAUGUGAGGUCAGAUCCUUGGCUUCUGAUUGGAGCGCAGGGUCAAGCUCGACCUUUGACACGCGUGACGAGCAGGAGUUCCGGAAUGGGCUGGCCGCUCUGGACGCCAGCAUUGCCAGCUUGCAGAGAACUAUAAAGCAGGACCUCAAGAGAUGAGACAGACAGAGACACAUGCAAUCACACACACAGCGAGGUAGUCUGAAUCUACUCCAAUGUAAUAAAAUAACCAAUGUAUUUUUCUAGGUUUUUUUUUUUUUUUUAUUGUACUUUAUUUGAAUAAAAUGGC